AUAUAGACAACAUCAGCAUUUCUUCAUUCUUAUUCCACAAGCGACAAACCAUUGAAAAAUAGUAUAAAAUAGCCGAAAUUCAGAUAUUAAUGCAAUAUUGCAUUAAAAAGAAAUUUAAGUGCUCUUUAUUCGUAAUGUUAAACUAAAAAAUAAACUGUUAUAAACAAAAAGUGUAUUAAUAAUAUUAUAUAGAAUAUAAAUCGGCGAAAACAACGUACAAUAAUUUGUAUAGAUUAUUACAAUUUUUCGUACACUAAUAUUUACCAAAAUUUUAUGGUAUUAUCAUGGACUCCCAAUUUAUACAUAAAUUUAAGCAGUUUGAUGCUUAUGCUAAAACUUUAGAAGACUUUAGAGUAAAAACAGCCACAGGAGCAUUUAUUACUAUAACGGGUGCAGUUAUAAUGGUUCUACUAAUUCUAUCUGAAAUGCAUACAUAUUUAUCACCUAAUAUAUCAGAAGAAUUAUUUGUUGAUACAUCACGGGGACAUAAAUUAAGAAUAAAUUUUGACAUAAUAGUACCAAGGAUUUCCUGUGAUUAUUUGGUAUUAGAUGCUAUGGAUUCUUCUGGUGAACAGCAUCUUCAAAUGGAUCACAAUAUACAUAAGAGACGUUUAGAUCUGAAUGGCACACCUAUAGAAGAACCUAAAAAAGAAGAAUUUCCAGUCUUGUCACCUGUUAAGCAAAAUACUACUAAGAUUGCCAAGAUCACAUGUGGAAGUUGCUAUGGUGCAGCUUUUAAUGAAACCCAGUGCUGUAAUACUUGUGAUGAUGUCAAAGAAGCAUAUAGAUUAAGAAGAUGGGCAUUACCUGACUUGUCAACUAUUGAACAAUGUAAAGAUGAUGAAUCAUUAGAUAGAACUAAUCUGGCCCUCAAGGAAGGCUGUCAGAUUUAUGGAUACAUGGAAGUUAAUAGGGUUGGUGGAAGUUUCCACAUAGCACCAGGCAAAAGUUUUACCAUAAAUCAUGUACAUGUUCAUGAUGUCCAACCAUUUUCCUCCUCAGUUUUUAACACAACACAUAUAAUUAAGCAUUUAUCAUUUGGAACAGAUAUAGAGAGUGGCAAUACUGCUCCUCUUGAUGGUGUAAUUGGACAAGCCAAUGAAGGUGCUGUUAUGUUUCAGUAUUACUUAAAAAUAGUUCCAACCGUAUAUGUUAGAUUAGAUAAUACUGUAUUACACACUAACCAGUUCUCUGUAACGAGACAUCAAAAAUCUGUUUCCAACGUUAAUACAGAAUCUGGAAUGCCAGGGGCAUUCUUUAGUUAUGAACUGUCACCUCUAAUGGUGAAAUAUACUGAAAAAGGAAGGUCAAUUGGUCACUUUGCUACAAACAUUUGUGCAAUAGUUGGAGGUGUUUUCACUGUUGCCGGUAUAUUUGACACACUACUGUAUCACUCUCUUAAUGCAUUUCAUAACAAAAUUGUAUUGGGCAAAGCAGGCUAAAUGAUA